AUGGAGAAGCAGUUCCUGGGUCUGGAGCUACAGCAUGUGCCUCAUGGAACCAACAAGGAGGCCGACGACAUCGCCAAAAGAGCAUCCAAGCGGCUAUCCCAAGAUCCUGGCGUCUUCGAGGAGCGGCUCUUCAAGCCUUCGGCAACACCUCCGCCUGCGGAACCAGCGCCGCCUCAAGAGGAACUCCCCCAGCCACCAGCCUUGGGAGCCCCCGCCUGUGGCCCGACCUCAGGAGCGUGCCUGCUCUUAGCGCUCGAGCCUCAGGAGGGGUGCUCGAUCGAGGAGUUCAGGGCAUACCUGACGCAAGGCACGUUGCCGGAGAAGGAAGAAGAUGCGGAACGUGUGGCCCGGCAGGCUACGGCGUACUGCAUUCAGGACGGUGAGCUAUACAGAAAGCGGCCAAAUGAUGUUUCUCUACGAUGCAUCUCCAGGGAACAGGGGAGUGAGCUGCUGGCUGAAAUACAUGGCGGAGACUGCGGGCACCACUCGUCAUCGCGCACCCUAGUCGGCAAGGCUUUCCGCAGCGGUUUCUACUAG